AUGAUGAGCGACCGAGACUCUACUUCAGGUAUCCCCCCGAUCUCUCCUGAGGUCGAGGAGGAACAUGGCACUGCGGACGACAAUGACAAUGACAAUAUCUCUGGCGCUAACGCGCCCUCGGUUCCUAUUCCACCUAUGCUCCCUACGAGAGACACAAGCACCUCUACCCUGUUGGGCCAAAUCAAUGCCGCUCGGCGAGGGACGAACCCCCCUCCUCGGCCGGUCGCCUCAAUGAGCGCACAGUCGGGUGUGAACCAGGAUAUUCUCGCAAAGAUGAGGGCCUUCCACCUCUCCAGGAAAAACGGUCCUCCACAGCCGCCGCACAGCAUUUCAACUGGGACGAUUCCGACGAAUCAUGCUGCCGAACUGAUCCCCAAUCGCACACCUUCAUCCCCAAAUAUUCCGCUGGCGGGGCCAAUGGCAGGACGCAUACUCCCUCCUGCCGUCCAGCGUGGCUCGGUUCCUGCAACGCCAGCCGGUGGUGCCUUCCUAACACCCCAAAAGCCUGGGGGGCUGGCCCAGAAGCGGAAGAAGCCGAAUCUAAAAUUAUCGGAUGCUACUGGUCCUGCUGGGGCAUCGCCCGGUGCAUCGCCGGCCACCAGUGGAACUGCAUUCAGCAAAUACUCUGAAUAUAUCGAUACAAAAGCCGGAACAUUGAAAUUCAAAAACAAGGCAAUCCUCCAUGGCGGAGGCAUAGAGUUCUCUUCGGGACAGACCUUCAGCAUCUCACUGGAUGAGGUAGAUCGGCUGGACGAGCUGGGGAAAGGCAAUUAUGGAACGGUAUAUAAAGUGCGACACAGUCGGCCCCACCUGCGAAAGCCUGGGAUGGGAUUGAGGGGAAUCGUCAGUCGACCGGAAGUAUCGAGUGAGGAUUUGUCCACCAUAACGAAGAAGCAGGACAACGACCUGACAGGAGUGAUCAUGGCAAUGAAGGAGAUCCGUCUGGAAUUGGACGAGAGCAAGUUUGCACAGAUUAUUAUGGAACUGGACAUUCUUCACCGGUGCGUUUCCCCUUUUAUCAUCGACUUCUACGGAGCCUUUUUCCAGGAAGGCGCGGUCUACAUCUGCGUGGAAUAUAUGGAUGGGGGCUCCAUCGAUAAGCUCUACAAAAUGGGCAUCCCGGAGAACAUUCUUCGCAAGAUCGUUCUCUCAACGGUCAUGGGACUCAGAUGUCUCAAAGACGAUCACAAUAUCAUCCAUCGGGACGUUAAACCGACGAACAUUCUGGUCAAUACGCGCGGGCAGAUCAAGAUCUGUGAUUUCGGUGUUAGCGGUAACCUCGUCGCCAGCAUCGCUAGAACCAACAUUGGGUGUCAAAGUUACAUGGCGCCUGAACGCAUAGCAGGCGGUGGAAUGCAGCAGUCUGGGACUGCUAGCACUGGAAGUUACAGUGUUCAAAGUGACAUCUGGAGUCUGGGAUUGUCAAUCAUCGAGUGUGCCAUAGGCCGCUAUCCGUACCCACCCGAGACUUACAACAAUAUCUUCAGUCAAUUGCACGCUAUCGUCCACGGCGAUCCACCAACCCUACCAGAGUCGGGAUAUUCCGAUGAAGCACAUGCCUUUGUCAAAGCAUGUUUGGACAAAGUCCCCAGCAACCGUCCAACCUAUGCUAAAUUACUCCGGCAUCCCUGGCUUGCUCCCCUCAUGCAGCGCCCAGAUGGCCUCGAAAAUGACGAGGAUCCUAUGCUUGCUCUGGAUAGUCACUCGACAGAGGAUAAAGAGGUCGCAGACUGGGUCAUUGAGAGGCUGGAGCGCAACAAGCAAGAGUCUAUACGAGAUGUGAAGAAGCCGGCACUACACGCUGUGGCUCUUGACGCUGUUCCCGGCAGCCCGCUUCUGGACGAUCCGUCUUCUAUUACACAAAAAAGGUAG